GAAAGAAUAAGUUGGCAGAAGCAGUAGCAGAAAGUAAAUAAAAAAAAAACAAAUAAAUAAAAAAAGGGCGGGUGGAGUGUAAAACCCUAGCCUGACCGCAGGAAAAUAAGAAAAACACACACAAAAUAUCGAGGUCUUUUAUUGUACUGAUGACACAUUCAACCCGUAAAUUCAUGCUGCAAUCCCGCACAGUUGCAACCUGCAAAAUUUUUUCUAGAUUCCUCAGCUCAACACCUUUCGUUUGGCGGUCGAAUUGCGAAUUUCCAACCACUGUGCCAUUUUCUGUGAUUUUUUGAAGCCUUUUAUGCGGAUUAUGGAUCAUAACCCCACCUUUUUAGGGCGGAGGGCAUUUGAUACCCCUUUCAUUUGAGGUCACAAGCCCGGAGGAGCCACUGCCACACAAGUCUGUAAUCUUAAAACCCCAUUAAGGUUUUUUUUUUUUCCUUUUUUGCUUGGCUGCUUCGACUGGUUUUCUGAAAAUAAAAAAUUCAAAUAUUUGCUGCAUCAGUUGCCUGGUCUUGUUCUUAUUUCAGCUCCAAUUUUCUUUUUGUAGAUUUUUUAAUUUUUUUUUAAGGUUUUGAUUUUCAGUUUGCCCCUUUUUUUGUUACUACUUUUUGUGUUUUUCCUUGGGUUCUGUAAUUGCUAUUUCUAGCUUUAUAAAUAUCCAUUUUGCCCCCGGAAUGCGAAGACACAUGCAUUGUGUGCUCGCACUUUUUCUUUACCCCUCCUAUGCAGGGCCUUUUUGUUCUUUUUAAGCCCAAUCUGAAUAUCCAUGCAAGCAUUUAUUGCCCUGCUUGUCAGAAAAUGGACUCUCAAACUUAUCUUUUCAUUGUAUAAGACAUAUUUGUACAUUUUACUGGUGUAGGAAACAUUCCAGAUUGUAUCUGCAUUGAGAAGAGGGGUUUGUUGGUUUUUUUAGUUUUCUAAUAUUUAAUUUUAGAUUUUUGAAUUGGCUUGCAAUAGAGGACAAUCUUUGCAUUUCGCAGACUCCUUCUGGCAGAGUUUAUAACCUGUACAUAUUGCCAUUAGGUGUUUUUUUGAGGGUGCUUAUCUGUCUGCGUUGAUAAGAGGGAUUUGUUGUGUUUUUUAAGUUGUUGGCAAUAGAAAGUAAUUUUUGCAUUGCCCAGACUCCUAGCAAACUUUCUCAUUUUGUAAAUAUUUCAGUGCUCUAUCUCUUUGCUUACUUGCCAUUAGAGCUAUUUCGAAUUUGCUAAUUCCCGGGUCUUAGCCCAUCCAGUGCGUGAUCUGAAUAAGCUAAAAUUGACUACAAGGGAUUAUAAUAUUUGCAUUAUCUGUUCUGGGGAAGAUUUAGGCUCUUGCGCACGAUUUCGAGGAAAUUUCACAGUAGCAUACAUGGGCAAGCAGGGUCCUUGCUACCAUUGUGGGAUUUCUAAUUAUUUGUUCAUCUCAGGUCACGAGACAAGCUUUUCUAACAAGAUAAACUCUAACUUCUACUCCUUUGUGGCGAAAUGGUCCACCUGAGAAGCCAGUGCUGUGCAAUGCAUGCGGUUCAAGAUGGAGGACAAAGGGAACUCUUGCAAAUUACAUGCCAAUGCACUCUGGAGGUUGUGGGGCCAAUGAGUCUUUGGAUUACAAAUGGCCUCGGGGAAAAAAGAUAUUGCCAAAGUCAAAGGAGCAGAGAUCACAUAAAAAGAAGGACCCCUGUGAUGUUCAUUGCCAAAUAGAAUUUGGAUUGACAAAAUCCAAUCCACAAUAUGGCAAAGAUGAAGAUGCAAGUACCAGAUCAAGUUCAGUGUCGGGAAUAUCAUAUUCAGAAGGAUGUAUACACCAUGGUGGUGUAACCGAAAAUUAUAGUACAGUUGCAGUUCAAUCUUCUGUAUGGGAUUCUCCGGUACCCUCAAAGAAACGUACUUGUAUGUUCCGCCAGCGGCCAUCAUCUCUUGAAAAGCUUACCAAAAGCAUGCAACACAUUUCACAAGAGCAGGAGUCAUCUUCCUUAUCAAGUUCCUCAGAAGAGAAUGUGCUUUUUGAGUGCAAAGCUUCAUUUGAUGGUGCAGAAAUAGGACUUGGCAGUGUGUUUAUGAGACAACAACAUUCAGUUUUGAUAGAGGAAGAGUCAGAAGCAAGUUCUCUUUUAAUAGAAAAUAAGGGUUAUAGUACUUUUGAUGUUCUAACUGAUAACAUAGUUCUACCUGAAAAAUGGAAAGACAUUUCAGAUUUGUCACCAGAAAAGUCGGCGAACUCUAUCAUACAUGAUGAAGUACUGAAAAGAUUCCUUCAAGGUUUUCAUUUGCAACUCAAAUUUAUUGAACUGGAGGAUGUUGUAAAUUUUGACACAUUUAUGGGACAGUUAAAGGAAGAAGAACAAAGACAUCUAAUGAAAUACCUGUCUACUGUUGAUGAUCCCAGCAUUCCUGGAAGUCUGGAGUGUAUGUUUAAUAGUGCCCAAUUCCAGGCUGCUUUAUCAAACUUUCAGCAUUUACUCUCUGAAGGCAUGUUUGGCACGCAUGGGUCUAGGAUGAGCCCUAAAGUACAGCAUCUUUUUCAACAGCUGCUCAAAGUGACAGAUUUGACAAAUUCUAAAUGGAUGGAGAGAUAUUCACAACUUCAGAAAUAUAAGCCUAGGGGGUGUGUCAAAGUUUCCAAGAUUCUACAAAGCAAAGAGGCAAUGAAGCCGAAGGAUUUUUGUUUGCUUGAAUCUGACAAACCUGCAACGUACAAGGCAUUCACAAAUUCUUCUGGCCAACCACCUGGGCAUGUUGUUGCAGGAUCGGAAAUGUGUACAAAAACCAUUAAGGGCUGGCUGAAGAAUAUACCUAAAACAGUGCAUCCUUUCACACCACCUGGGAAAAUUUUUAGCACAGAUGGCAUGCAUCAUGAUAGCAUAGACACAGGGAGUACAUCCAAGGAAGCUGCAGGAUAUGAAACAGGAUUGAAAAGCAAUCCAUGCUUCAGUCCCAACAAUUUAUUUGCUUCACCUCUAGAAAAAUGCUCACCAUUCGGAUUAGAGUCUAUAGAAGCCUUUGGAGAUGAAGUUUCAGAUUCAGUUUUGCUUUUCAAUGUUCCUUCAAACAUGUCCUUUCCACAGGCAGAGCUUUUGCAGAGUCCUUUGAAAUGUAAAACCCAAAAGGAUAUUGUUGCCACUGACAGCAAGUUUGAGAAUGAAAAAAGUGGUGGACCCACUAUGAAUAAUGCUUGGAUUUCUGAGGAAAGCCUAGAAUGGGACAGCCUCAUCUGGAAUGCUUCGUUUGUUGGAUCUAGUGAAACAAUGCCUGGUGGACCUGUACUUUUUCCAGGAAAGACACAUCAAUAAAUUGUUUGAGUCGAUAUUUCAAGUGCUUAUUUGCAGUAACUAUUCUCAAAUUGUUUUUUACCAAGAGUCCUCAAACCCCCUCUUGUCUAAACGGGGGGGAUGCAUGUUUUAUAGAUCUUUGGUCAAGAGUGUAUGAUAGUUAGUUCGGUUCCUUGUUCAAUUGUGUUUGUUGAGUAAAACUUGAGGGCAUACCUGUGGGUUUCCUCAAAAGAGCAGCUUUGCUUUGAUAUUUUUUUCAGAAAUUAGAAAAUUAAAAAAAAAAGUCUUUCUUUGUAUUA